AUUUGUGAAAACAACAAAAUUAAAACGAUAUAAAAACAAGUGCGUAACCUUUCUACACCAGUUAAUAAAAAGUGCGCAAUCACGUCGCUACCAAGUCUAGUCGGUCAUAUCGUCAAGCGGACAUUCGCAGGCGGUGUUAGUAAAUUACAAACAAGCAAAAUUAUGGUCGUAACACACAACGUCAAGGGCUACGAUGAGUUCUCCAAGAAAAUGGAGGAACUGGAAACCGGUGACGGCAACAAUCCGGUACAUGUUUUGUUCAGCGGCGGCAAGGAUGAAAAUGGCGAGAGCUGGUGUCCAUACUGUGUCAAGGCGGAGCCGGUGAUACACGAUGCUUUGAAGAAGGCCGCUGAGAACUCCCACUUUGUGCAUGUCGAUGUCGGCGAGCGUUCCUACUGGAAAGACCUGAACUGUCCGUUCCGCAAAGACCCAAACACGCAUCUGAUUUUCCUGCCCACGCUGCUGCGCUGGAAGUCGCCACAGCGUUUGGAUGGCGAGCGCUGCUCCAACAAGGAUCUGGUCGAGAUGAUGUUCGAGGAUGAGGAAUAAUAUGCAUACUCUCAAUUGUCGGCAGCCUCCUCAACAUUUAUAUUAGUUUCAUAUUUUUAUUUCGGAAUGUUCAUUAAAGUUCUUUGA